CUCAGCCUAUAUAUGUUACCAACCAUCUCUUCCCUAUUCACCAAAAGUCUCUCCUUUAUCUUUCUUCUUUUAGCAAACAUCACCUUUCUUUUUCAUACACACAUCUUUCAAUUUGUUGCAAUUAUAUUGUGUUGCUGAACACCAAAAUGAAACCUAUUUCAAAAUUGCAUGGUUUUAAUUAUGAUCAACAAAAGGUAAACAUCAAUGGUCCACGUCCUACUCCUUUGAUGAUUCGCAAGCCUAAUUCAUCACACAAACAGCAAAGGGUUCCCAUCAUCAUAUACACUCAAUCACCAAAGAUUAUUCAUACGAAAGCACAAGAUUUCAUGGCUCUUGUUCAAAGACUUACAGGCAUGACAACUACCAAUCAAGCACUGCCACGUCAGCAAGAAGUUUCUGAGAAUUUUGAUUCAUCUUUGUCAGAUGGAUCAAACAACAAUAGUAUCAACUACAAACAGCUUGAUGGUGAUCAUGAAACUACUUCAACAACUAGCUCAGUUGAUAAGGGAGGUGUGAAUAGCAAUAUUGAUGAUGAACAAAGCCCUAAUAAUAUGAUGAAAUUUGCUGAGAUGCCAUUAUUCACUCCAACUUCAUAUGAUUUCUUUAGCCCAAACAAUUCAUCUCGACCGGUUUAUAAAUUUUCCGAUUCUCCAUAUGGAAUUUUGGGAAGUUUGAUAUCUCCUUCUGGAUUGGGAUUCAUCCAAGAUCUACCUGAAUAUUAGGUGCAUAUGCUUGUUCAUGUUGUGUGCUAUAUAUUGGGCUGCAGAUCUCUUAUUAUUAGUAAUUUUUGCAUAUUUAAAUUUGUAAAGUUUGUUGUAUUAUGGACAUAAGAAAUUAUCAUGAAGUACUAGGAGAUUUUAUUCAUUCUUUCUAAACAUAGGAAUAAUCAGAACAAGAUUACUUGUUAAUCAUUUGGAAUUUGUUACCCUAAUUAAUUUCAUUUCCCUUACUUAUU